AUGGCAUCCAACAACAACAGGCACUCCGAUGACGCCUUCCCGCAAGGAGUGAAGGAACGCUUCAAGAAGACCCUGUUUGCCCUGCUCGACGAGAACGGUCCCGGUAGAGCGUUUCUCAUUCAUAGUUAUGUCGUCAUGGUGUACGAGAACCGUCAGCGCUUCUCCGCUUCCGCGAUCCCGGGCGCCAGCACCGCCCGCGCCCGAGCCCAAACCGAAUCGCACAACAGCAGCCUGUACAACUCACGCCCACUUCAGGCGGGUGGCAGAUAUAGAUCGUACACCGAAUACCUGGGUGCCCCGGCCGGUGUGAUGCCCUUCAGCAUCCCAAAUCCGCUGUACAUGGGAGCACAGCCGACAUGGCGUGGCUCUCCUUCCUCGCAGGCUCCGCCCAUGGCCAGCAGCCACCCUGGAGGCAGCGGCAAGCAAGCUCCAGGCCAGCAGGGUGGCAACGAAGCCACGGGUGCUCCACCCGCCCACGCCUAA